AAAAUUGUUCUAUUAUAAAAAGACCCUUCUCAAGGAGAACAUCGUGUUGUUCGUGAUCCCUUACAAACGUACCCCAAUCAAAUCUAACCAUGUCUGGCCGUGGAAAGGGAGGAAAGGUAAAGGGAAAGGCAAAGUCCCGUUCCAACCGUGCCGGUCUUCAGUUCCCCGUUGGCCGUAUUCAUCGUCUCCUGCGCAAGGGUAACUAUGCCGAGCGCGUCGGUGCCGGAGCACCCGUGUAUCUGGCAGCCGUCAUGGAAUACUUGGCCGCUGAAGUGCUUGAGUUGGCCGGAAACGCUGCCCGUGACAACAAGAAGACGCGCAUCAUCCCGCGUCAUCUGCAGCUGGCCAUCCGCAACGACGAGGAGUUGAACAAGCUGCUGUCCGGAGUAACCAUCGCUCAGGGUGGUGUGCUGCCCAACAUUCAGGCCGUGCUGCUGCCCAAGAAGACCGAAAAGAAGGCUUAAACGGUGUGACAAAGCUUCCUUCAUCUCAAACCCAAAACCGUCCUUUUCAGGGCGACAAAUUACUUUGCCAAAGACAUUUUAUUCGAUUUAUGCUGUUAUGGGAGAACCAGAAGGAAAAAAAUCCAGAUAUAUCAAGAACCGUGCUUGAAACUGUGUACAAAAUGUAAAUGAAAAAUGUGCCGUCCUUUGGCACAAAAAGCAUCCCUUAAUAUUUUCAAUUCUGUAACCUCUCACUACGAAUUCUACAAAAUGCAGCAUAUCAUAAGCGAUGCAUAAGAUUUUCCAGGUAGCUUGUUCAAGAGGGUUGGUUUUACCAUAUAAAUACAACCAGUGAUACCUG